ACGGGAGUCUGAGAUGGUUUAAACCACUACUGCAGCUGAUGAGUUUGGGUUUGUUACUCUUUGGCAAAUGAAAUAGUUACGUGUUGCUUUUCCAGUGAUAAUGCAUUUGUUUUCUAUUAACGUCCUUUUACUUAUGGGGCAUGUGACCACGACUGCAGGACAAAGGUUGUAUCGCACCGAAGGCGAAGGUGUAUGCCCUGGCCGCUCUUUCCACAUUACACAAUUGUUCCCUGAGGAGUAUUUGUUUUUUAAAUCAAGUAUUCCUGGAAGCUCUGAAAAGCGGGUGGGAAACAGAACUCAUAUCUUUCUCCCUUCGUAUGGUUUCAAAGAUUACUACAUAUUCAUUCCUGAGGUAAUGAAACAACAUGAGGGACUCUACACUCGGAGUUUUGCAUACUUGCCCCAGAUGUCAUUUCCAGUGGUCAAACUCAUGCUCAAGGACUGCGCCGUCCGUAGAGAAGUACCUUAUGGCGAGAAGUUUAGUCUGGAGGUGCCAAAGGAGGCGUCCAUAUUGGAGUUCACCACCUCAAAGUCGACUGACCGCAGGGUCCUGUGGAGUCGUAUCAACACAGAUAACAAGCGCGGAGCCAGGGGCACGGUGACACGUGAUCGCUGGGAGGCCGUCAAGAUCACCAAAGCCGAUGAAGGCCGCUACACUUUGCUGAAGGAGAACGGAGCUGAGGUCUCCAGCACUAAUCUCAAUGUUACAGAACUCAACAAAGAGUACGAUUUGACCAAUGAGGACAUCGAGAGAAUGAAGUUCCCAGUUCCAUUUGCCGAGGCAGUGCUUACAUUUAUUGAUUCCUCCAAGAAUAAGCAUGUGCUCUUUCAGAAUGCCAUGAUGACUGAUAAGGCAUUCCUAAUCUUUGGAUCUCGGUUAAACCUGCAUGCAGAAUAUGGUGAACUGGUCCUUACUAUAAAGGACCUGAAAUCAAGUGGCAAGGGGCAAUAUGAGGUCCGCGACAAGAACAAGGGUCUUGCUGUUGUUCUGUAUGUGUAUGAUGAUAGUAGCGAAUCUUCAAAUAAAAAUCCAAAAGGUGCCCAGGUAAACAAAACCCAGGUGGUCAAAAUUGUUUCCAUUCUUUGUUCAGUGAUGUGGCUGUUGUUCUCCCUCUACUGCUUGUGGAAGAGGCUUCCCCCUGCUGCUUCACCAGCCCCCGUGCAGCCCAUCCAUGUCCAUAAUCCUUUUGCUAUGCCUACACCAGGGUACUCCCCACCACAUCAGCCUAUGCCUUACUCCGAGGUGGCAGGCAGCUACUCUGAGCCGUACUAUCCAUACACUCCUGCUGCUCCUUGGGCUUCAGUCGGAGGAGGAGGACGAGGAGCAGCAGGAGGGGCUGGAGGAGCAGGAGGAGCUGUAGCAGAUACCAAUCCUAAUGCUCCUAGUCCACCACUGUACCCAGCUGGGGCCCAGUACCAGGGGUGGGGUGGGGGUCUGGGUGAUGUUCUCACCAGUUCAGCUCUUAGCAUGGACACCAGCACUGGCACCGGUGUCUACAACUCAGACAAGCUCAACUUUUGACCAUCUGAUUUCAGAAAAGAUCUUUUUGUUUUUGUUUUUGUUUACAUUUGCUCAUUUAACAGAUGCUUUUGCCUGAAGUCACUGCUUAGCGUAAUUACUGUGAUCACUAAAGCUCUUCCAGUAAGGACAGUGCAGUAAGAUCUGUGGAACCUGCUGCUAUUGUGAAUGUAAUUAGUGUCUACACAGACCCAGUUUGGUGUUGCACUAGUGAAUCAGCAUUCAGAAAAGCGGCAGGUUCAAACACUGGCUCCCCAGGAAACAAACAAGCUCACCGAGAGCCUUUCAUGCUGCUAGUUCAUUACUCUGAUAGACUCUGUGGACCAUAUGGUUGAGAAGUUUUCAUUAGUCAUCGAAUGGAAGUAUGAAGUAUUAAGUCCACAUAAACAAUGCAGGACACAUAAACUAAAUAGAGCAUGUUUUUCUGGUGAGUUUUCUUACAGACACGUUUUAAGAAUAUGUAUAUAGCCUAGUCUAUAUAUAGCCUCUUGUACUUGAAUACGAUGUAGAAUUUGCACUAGCAAUGUAGGCCUACUUGUAAUUAAACUCUCUUGCACUGUUA